AUGCCGAGAAACGAUAUGAGUUUACUCGAAAAGGGAAACGUGCUGAAACAGUACGAUUUACUCGAAAAAUGCACGCAGCGUCAAGCAGCAGCGAAGUUAGGAGUCUCGCAGUCACUGCUGAACAAGUUAUUAAAAACUCGUCACGAAAUCGAGUCGGCCGAGAACAAACAUCGCAAGAGAAACAGGUCCGGAAAGGACGAAGAUUUGGAAAAAGUCUUGAAGAAAUGGUACGUUGAGGUGCUCGACAAAAACGCGCCAGUCAACGGGCCGAUGUUGAAAUCGAAAGCAGUCAGUAUCGCCGAGAAAUUGGGCAGAUCGGAUUUCAAGGUCACGGACGGCUGGUUCUCUCGAUGGCUACGCAGGGAAAACAUCGCUCUGGGCAAACCUCGCGGGGAUCAGCCGCAGACCGAAACCGACAAGAAAAGCGCCGACCAGUGGAUCGCAGCGGAAUGGCCCGGUAUGCGUGAAAAUUAUGCACCCCGUGACAUCUACAAUGCUCACGAAACGGGACUGUACUUUCGAGCGAUGCCCGAACACACUCGUUGCGAUUGCAAGGAGCGCGUGACUCUGCUGUGUUGCGCCAGCAUGUCGGGCGAAAAAAUCACGCUCCUCGUGAUCGGCGAGAAGGCCAACGGUAAUUGCUUUGAAAACGUCAGGAAGCUACCCGUGGAUUUCGAGACGAAUAAAAAUGCAUGCAUGACGCGAGAAAUUUUCACCGAGUGGCUGCGAAAAUGGAACGAACGAUUGGCGAUCGAGCGGCGCCGUAUUUUACUGCUCGUUAGCAGCCACAAGCCUCACAGCGAUCUGCCGAAAUUCGACAACAUCAAAAUUCUUAACUUACCCACGUCGUUCGUUCAGCCCUGCGAUCAAGGUAUCAUUCGAAUGUUCAAAGUUCACUACAGGAAAGAGAUGCUAAAGCGCACAAUAGAGCUCAUAGAAAAUAACAAAGAGGCGCAGACCAACGAUGUCGCUAAAAAAAUAACUCUACUCGAGGCGUUGCAUUUAGCCAACGAAGCCUGGAAUUUGGUCAGUAGUGAGACCAUCGUAAAUUGCUUCAAAACAGCGGGUUUUUCGCCGCGAGACAGCAGCUGCAGGCAGGUGAUGAGCAUAACGUGCGCGCCGGGCAACAAUGCGUUCGCACCGCCCGAGGGUUUAUCAGAGGCUACGUUCAACGAUUGGCUCGGCAUAGAUGAGAAUUUUGCGCACAAUGAGAGUAAUUCGAUCGAAGAGGCCGAUCAAAAUGACGAUCGCGAGUUCGAGGACCAAGUCCAAAAAGUGCCAACUAAUGAAGAAAUGUUGAACGCGCUCAAUAUCUUGAGAAAAGGCGUGCAACAUUACGCGGAUUCGUUUGCCGAGCAUUAUGCGUAA